CUUCAUCCACAUCAUCAAUCCGGAAACUAAUCCAUUUCUCACCGUAGAUAACCCCACGCAAUCCAACGGCUACACUCUCUUCCCCAUCACAAUAGAAUAGAUACUCUUUCUUCUUCUUCUUCUUCUUCCCCAUUCCCAGACAUCUCUUUCACCCUCAAAUCUUCAGCAAUCUAACAUCUUCAUUCCUUAAUUCCUCUCCUUCAAAAAAUGGCCCGUACCAAGCAAACCGCUCGCAAGUCCACCGGAGGCAAGGCGCCGAGGAAGCAGCUGGCGACCAAGGCCGCAAGGAAGUCGGCUCCGGCGACCGGCGGAGUGAAGAAGCCACACAGGUUCAGGCCCGGAACCGUCGCCCUCCGUGAGAUCCGCAAGUAUCAGAAGAGCACAGAGCUUCUGAUCCGCAAGCUUCCGUUCCAGCGGCUUGUUCGUGAGAUCGCACAGGAUUUCAAGACAGAUCUUCGGUUCCAGAGCUCAGCCGUUUCUGCCCUUCAAGAGGCGGCAGAGGCCUACCUCGUCGGUCUUUUCGAGGACACCAACCUCUGCGCCAUUCACGCCAAGAGGGUCACCAUUAUGCCCAAGGAUAUCCAGCUCGCUCGAAGGAUUAGGGGCGAGCGUGCUUGAUUCUUGUGUGGGUCUGUAAUCGUGUAGCUAGGUAUCCAGUAGUGUUUUGGGUUGUGGUAGUUUUAGUUCUUCCUCACUUUGUUCCGAUGCUCAAUGUAGUGACUUCUGUUCUGUGGGGUUUGUUGAUGUGUUUAAUGAAAAAAGCUUCUUCACUUUCCCGUACCUGAUUCCAAUUGCACUCUGACUCUACUCUAUUCUAUUAUGGGUUUCCGUCGUUUUGUCUCACUUAUGCUCUGGUCACUGGUCAAAAGAGUGCAUGGAUGUGAAAUCGGUGAUUUCAGAUUGAAUGAUAGAAAAUGAAAUGCAGAGUGUUGA